AUGUCCGAGAAUAAACGGGAUAUCCAGAUAUCCAAGGCGCUGGCAUACCUUCUGCGUCAUGGAGCUGUCAAGGAAGGCCUUCCCAUAGACAACAAUGGUUACGUCUCCAUUGAUCUUUUGCUUCGACACAACAGGCUGAAAAGCUUGCAUUGCACGCUACAAGAUGUUGAACGAGUGGUGGCCAACAAUGCCAAGAAACGGUUUCAUAUUCAAGCUUUCCAAGACGGCCAAACGGCCAUCUGUGCCACACAGGGCCAUUCUCUCGCGCAAGUGACUCCAUCGGACGAAUUCCUUCAUAAAGUCUGCGUCCAAACGGAGCUCCCAUCGAAACUCGUACACGGCACCAGCUUCAGCAGUUUGAAACUCAUACUGCAAUCCGGCUUUCUUAAAAAAAUGCGCAGAAACCACAUCCAUUUGGCGGCCGGUGUCACUGGCUCCGACGACAACGUGGUCAGUGGCAUGCGAGUCUCCAGCAAUGUGUUCAUCUACCUGAAGGUGAAGGAGCUGUGUGAAAGACUUCAAGUGUUCAGAUCUUUGAAUAAUGUCUAUCUGACGCCCGAGGAUAUACCAAUCGAUUUGUUUCAAUGCGUGGUUUUGAUUGGCAGCGAAAAGAGCAAAUCUACUGUCCACGAAUUAAAACUGGCCUUAGAGCAGCUUCAUGUUCCAUGCGAAGUGUCUGAGGGUUGA